AUGAAGCUGCACAUUGGUUUAAUCGCAUUUUGUGCUGUUCUUUAUGUUGGUGCAAGUGAUGGUGGGCCUAGUGAGGGCGAAGCAACAGCCAAUUCGUCAGUGAUCGGAAUGUUAGAGUUACUCGUGGGCAAGUUGGAGGCGAUGGAACAUAAAUUGCAGAAAAUGGAGAGUAAACUCGAUGAACACGUCGACAAUGUGCAUAACAUUAGUCAGCAUCAAAGAGUGGAUGGUUCCUCGUGCACAAAUGUUCCUUCGAAAGAGUCCGGCAUAUACCUGAUCCGUGUGAAACGUAAUAGUGAACCGUUUGAAGUGUAUUGUGAACAGGAAACGUUUGGAGGAGGAUGGAUUGUAUUUCAGUUCCGUUACGACGGAUCACUGGACUUUUAUCGAGGCUGGAAUGAGUUCCGCGACGGUUUUGGUGAUUUAAACAAAGAGUUUUGGUUGGGUCUUGAGAAAGUCCACCAGAUAACAAGUGGCCGUAAGCAUGAAUUGGUCGUUGAAUUGAAAGACUUUAAUGGAACGUAUAAAUAUGCGCUGUUUAAUGCAUUCGAAAUAGGCAGUGAGAGUAAGCAAUACAACUUGAAAGAUAUCGGAGCGUAUAAUGGAACUGCAUGUGAUGAAAUGUCCUAUUUGAAGGGUAAGAAGUUUUCAACCAAAGAUCGUGAUAAUGCUGUGAACAGCAUGGGACAUUGUGCUCAGCGCCAUGAAGGUGCAUGGUGGCACAACUGGUAUUGUACUGCCGCGAAUUUGAACGGGCGAUACAUGAACGCCGUCAAUCGAAAGUCAAUGCAUUGGUAUGAUUUCAAUGAGAGCGCGCAAGGAUUGAGUUAUUCGCGAAUGAUGAUCCGAGAGAAGGAAUAG